UGGUAGGGGGAUGUCUACGCUAGUUCAGUACGGGGCACGGAGAGUAGGAAGACUUGAACUGGGUAGAGGAGGACAGGUGCUUAGAAGGAUCAAACCCAGACACAACGAGGUAACGCGCUUAGGAUCAUGGGCACCAUGAUAGAAGAGGAGCAGUUUGUCAACAUUGACUUGAAUGACGAUAAUGUCUGCAGUGUUUGUAAGCUGGGCACUGACAUAGAAACCCUGUCUUUCUGCCACAUCUGCUUCGAGCUAAGCAUUGAGGGAAUUCCAAAAUCAGAUCUUCUGCACACAAGAUCCUUAAGAGGGCACAAGGAUUGUUUUGAAAAAUAUCAUCAAAUAGCAAAUCAGAAUUGUACAAGGUCGAAGCUUUCAAAAAGUCCCUAUGAAGAAGUAAAAACUAUUUUGAGUAAAAAAAUGAACUGGAUUGUACAGUAUGCACAAAAUAAAGAUUUAUACUCUGAUUCUGAAUGUUCCAAAUCAUCACAACUGAAGCUUUGCAAAUUUAGACACCAGAAUGAUCGUACUCUUCUUCCUCAGUAUGACUCUCAAGUCCCUAGGUAUUCGGAAAAGUGGCUUGAUGGAGGAGCUUAUGGAGUGUCAAAUUGUGCACAAGGAGUUUUGAAGCGCAAUUCACGGGGCUUCAGCAUGCUAAAAAAUACCAGCGACACAUUUUGCCAUGGCAAUUCAUUGUGGCCAAGUACUAACCAAGCACAAAAGACAGAAAAAGUGAAACAUGACUCUGCUUCUAAUAUUCAGAGAAGAUACCAGCAUUACAGCAAAGAAGAAUUGCUUUUGAUGAGUAAUGAAGAACUGAGGAGAUUAAAUGAAAGUCUCCUGAGGCAAGUGAACGAAGUGUUUGAAGAUCUGACGAGUGUAGUGCAAGAGAAGGACUCCUUGUCUUCAGAGCUCCAUGUGCGGCAUGUUGCGAUUGAACAGCUGCUGAAAAACUGCUCAAAACUUCCAUGUUUGCAGAUGGGUCGAGCCGCAAUGAAAGCAAAUAUUGCAAUCAACAACUGAAGCCUUUCUAAAGACAAACACUCUACCAGCUAAUGAUAGUUCACACAGGGCUAUCUGACUUUUUUUAGACUUAAGUUUUAUAGAACUUUGGGGAAGGGGGGAUAUUGGCAUCCUCUGAGCUCAUUUUGUUUGACAAUUGCCUUCCCUUGUGAUAUGAGCUCUGAAGAUUACGUCUGUUUGGAUGUUAUGUUACUUUCAGCAAGUGAUAUACCUAGUCUUACCAUGUAGGUCCAGCAAUGCUCUUGUUGGAGAAAGAUCUAUAAGAGUGCGUGUGUUUGUUGGACCUAUUUUCAUUUCUGGUCUACUUAGUAAUAUUGCGCAGAUCUCAUUUCCACAAGACUAAUUUUCUGCAGUUGUUGCACCUUUUAUAAAAUGAGGCUUUGAUUUUACCAAAAACAGUGAGGCAAUAAUCUGCCUGAAGCCUUGUGCAAGGAAGUUCCUACAUCAAUUCUUGUUGGAAUUCUAAUGUAUUGUUGUUCAACAUUAUGACAAUAUUUAAGCAAGAAUUGAAUUUUUCAAUCCACUUUGGUUAGACCACGGCAAUGUAUUUUUAAUCAAGCCAAGUCAAUGACGAUAUUUCCUUGCUCUUCCAUACGGCAACAGCUAUCUGCUGCAACAACAAUGCUGUUUGCCAAUAAUGUGUUUUUUAUGACAAAAAUGUAUAUGCUAAGAAAUUUUGCUUAAGGUGUUAAAAGUUGCAUUGUUAGUAACUUUAUGUUUAUGAUGAAACAUUUUUACAAUCUAAUUUUUAUAAAAGAUAAAUAUUUUGGGUACUUUAA